GCAAGGAUUAGCAUCAUCAGAAUGAGAAGGGGAGAGACAGAGAGCGCUAAAGAGUCAGAGGAGAGGAGAGCGCCGCUGAGGACUGAAGGGCUACCAGCUAAAAGAGGGAGGAGAAGCAUGCGGACCAAAGAGGAGCGCGAGAAAAGAACUAAUCAGGAACGCCCAAAGAAGUCGUCGCCUGCGGGCCACUGGUCAGAAAGUGAGAUAUGCUCUGACAGUGAUGUCCAGUCAGAGUUGGUUAAACAACUAAGGAGGUCAAUAACAGAAGAAUCCCCAGAGUUAAUUGUACAUUGAAUUCCUCUCCACAACGUCUAUACAAAACUCUCAGUCUGCCACGGCAACACUUGGAUUUAUUUUGGUAAACAAAAGCUUGAACUUUUUUCCCUUUCUGUUGGAUAUAACCUUGCUGAGGCUGGCUGAUGUCAUCGCUUGCCUCCAUCCCUUUCAGCUCCUCCGGGGGCUGAGCCAACCUACGGAGGAGCAUGGGCAGGAGAGUGGCGGAUCCCACUAAUCCGGUGCCUGCCCUGGGAGUUCCUCUGGCUGGCGGGCGAUGGGGUCCACUUUGCAGCAUUGGGGUGCAGACAUCUCCCAGACUGCAGACUCUGCCCGCCAUCAAGCGACACAGCAGCCAAAAGACCAACACGCACCAGCCCCUCAACAUGGCGACAGAACAAGCACUGGCAGCAGACACGCGAGGAGCCAUCAGAAGUGAGAGCAAGAGCCUGCCGGUGUCCAAAGAGACGUCUCAGAACGAAAUCAACAGCCUCACGCAGGACGACAUGGGGUCGCAAGGGUCAGGCAGCGGAGUUUAUUGCCAGAUCAGGACCGUUCAAACAAACCCCAAGGACUCAAAAGACAAAAGGACACAUCGGUAUAUAAAUGGGAGUGUGGUCACGUCGGAUUUGGUGGGAGGGGUUUGCAGUGCAGCAACAGAGGAUAAGGAGCCAGCCCAAGAGAAGAGAAGGGUGCAAUCUCUGCGAGGGGAGAGCCAUCGCUCGGUGUUAAAGACAGCGAGUGCCUGUCCAGCCACACACGCUACCACGCCUCGGCCCUGUCGAAUAAUGACAACCUCGCCGCAACGUCUUUGUGCGACGUGUGGGAGGAGACGGUCGCAGAUUACGCAGUGCACAGGUGCAUGUCGCAGGAGAGCAGUCAAUCAAAUAACAGCGAGCCAGACUUUACCUAAUCCUGCACGGAAAACAUCUGUAGCUCCCCCCCAGUCGAGAAAAGCCUCUGCUGCUCUGAGUUCGCCGUCUUGUUCCAAAAGCACAGACAGAGCCAACCCACAGCAUCACACAUCAAUAAAGAGCGCUCCAACACCCCAGCUGUCCCACACCAUGCCAAAAAGACACAGUUCACAGUUUAACCACACAGCACAUACUCACAACCAGACAAAAGAGUCUAAGCUGCAGACAAGACCACAUUCAGCAGACUUUACCUGUUAUAAGGACUCAGCCACACAGACGUCAGAAACACACGCGCGCUCCGACACAGACAGCACAGCAGCUAACACACCGCACACACAAAACACAGAGGCAACCCAACCGCAUCCAACAGAAAAACCAAAUCAGGGUCAAAUCCGGAACACUGAUGAAUCAAUCCGCAGCUUUUCUAGGCCUCAAACACCUUCCUCUCUCAGCGACUCAAAAUCCAGCAGCAUCCCACCUCUUCCACCGAAACACUCUCCUAAGGCGACCCAUUUUAAACCAGCAGCACCCGCGAUGCAGACUACAAACCAAGAGAACACAAAGUCACCCAAACAACCCUCGGAACGUAUCAAAUUCAAAGACACAAAGCAGAAGAGCAAAUCAUUCGACGACAACACUCUGCCUUGUAAGACUCAUAUGAAAGCACAAUGCAAUGGGGCACCGGGAGGACUUUUAGAUGGACACGCAGUGAAUGUGCCACCUGGGCUGGAGAGGCAGCUCCAGAGUGUGGAGGAGAACCUUCUGUCCAAUCAGGAGAAGAUCAAGGUGCUCCUCAAUGUGAUUCAAGACCUGGAGAAGAGCAAAGCUUUAAGCGAAGGUCGCAGCUCAUACCGAACAGGCCAAGACAUAAACAACUGUCCGACCUGCCAGAAGACAGCCUGCAUCAUCUACAGUGUGGAGCAUGAUUUCCGACAGCAGGAGGGACGCUUCCAAGGGGUGAUUGAAGCCCUCGAGGGUGAAUACGAUGUGCCUGCCCCUACUCAGACCAAGCCCACGCCGGUCCCCUUGUCCUCCAACCGCCCCAGUACCAAGGCACGCGUGAAGAAACUGAGAAAGAAGUGUUUCUGGUGGCUCUAAACGUCACGGAAAUCAAAAACACCUUUUUUUUUGGCCAGCAGGUGCAUAAGGCACUUGAUUAUAUUUCACGUGAAGCAAAAAUGUUCUGUUGUGGAGGAAAGCAACUUUUUUCAUAUGGAUGUGCAAAGAGCCCAAGUUUUAUCAGAUCGAAACCCAAAUUUUCUCUCCAACGUUUUCCAUGUAAAUGGAUUUUAUUUCCACAGCUGCUCAUCCUAAAGGCCCGAGAGAAUAUAACGGUAGCCGUGAAGACGAAAAUCGGAGAUGGGAAGGAAAGUAUAUUAUAAUAGCCACAGAGAUUUUCCCUCAGCCUUGGAAGAUGAUCCCUUCUUUUGCAGCAGGAAAAAAGACUCCAUGGGAUCAUUUCUCAACUAACUUACAACUAGAGUAAGGAUGCUAUUUUUUUAAACCAAAGCUGAAGAGGAUAAAUGAGAAAGAACUGAGACUUCUGACAUCAAAUAGCUUCAGAAGCCAACUAAAUAAACGGACCAAACUCUAGGCUGUCACAGCAAUAAGCAAAAGACUUGAUGUAAAUCCAAGGAAUUUAACCACAUGGAAUAUUCAUUUGGAGGCAUAGGCAGCUGAAAUGUGAAUGUAGCAUUACAAAAUAACUACAGACACGCCGGGGAAUACGAGCUGAUGACCCAUCUGGAAACAGGAGCGCUUGCUCAAUGGAUAAACAGCAUAAUGGAGAUUGAACUAAGAAUACAUUGAGAGACAAUUGGAUAGGCAGUGAAAGAAAGACUGACAAGUCUGUGUCAGAUAAUUAAAAACAAAGCUGUCAACACUUGCUGACAGAGUGAUUGAUUCUCUCUUUUAUUUUUCAUCCAAAAUUGAAAUUUGUUCUGUGGGCUCAAUUUUCCUUCCCCAGGAGUUUCACACAUUGCGCAUACAAAUACUUCCACAAAGAGGAUUCAUGACCACUGACUUACAACUUCAAUAAACCAACUGAAUUACACGACAUACCUUCCCCUACAUAUGCAUGCAUAAAGUCCACAUUUAUUCCACUUGCGAUCCAAGCCAUCUAUCACUUUGCUUUUAAAACCUAGCCAGCAUUAAUAAUAGAGAACUGUGUCAUUAUUUAUGAAAUCGGGGCCAAUAAAGUACCUUAGAUUUAAGAUUAUGAGCGAAACUAAAAGUUGAGGCCUGAAUUUUUUUUUUCUUGAAUGAGACAAAAUGCACAAAAUGAUUCUCUGUUUAAGCACUGCAAUGUUUUUCAAAAUGUACGAAAAGUGGUUAGGUGUUAAAAUUUUCCGUGUUAUUAUUGAAGGUUGUUUGGGUCUUUUUCAACCAAAUAGACCUGUUGUUUAAAAUUACUCUACACUUGGCAAAAUUACAAUGAAAUCACAAUUUAAAUUUGAAGACAUGCAUAAAGUAUUAAAAGCUAAAUCUGUGACAGCUCUGCUUUGUUCUAUUCUCUUCCGUGAAUGUACAAAUAGUUUUGUUUUUUAUUCGCUUAGACACAUUAUUUGUACAACGCUUGCUCCCUUGCCAUCGAGGACAGAACCACUAAUCUUACAAAAGCCUACUUCAGCAUCCUGUGGCCGACAAGUUGCCCCCAGUUAGAAUCCUGGAUGACAGCACACUUACUAAUUAUUCAAUCUAUAUCCAGAAUGCCCCGUCAUACCAUUUUUAUAAUCUGUCCAUUAACAGUGCUGAGCUCCAACAAAGCCCUUUCCUCUGAUCUUCCACUUGUAUGUCCAAUAAAACGUGUAUUUUGAACAAAUGA